AUGCAGGCGCAGUUAGAGUUUAAAGAAUCUGGAUCUGGAUUUACGAUGCAGAGCUCUGAGUACAACUCCUUCCUGUUCUGGAGACAGCCAAUUGCAGAGCUGGAUCUGUGUGAGCUAAGUGAGCUGGGCCUUAUGAACAGCUCAGAGAUCAAUGUGAGGGCAGAGGAGGCAGAGCUACAGGACGACCAGGAAUUAGCUGAGUUCUCUGCUUUCCACUUUUGGAGACCCCCUCUGGUUUGCGUGGACGCUCUGAUCCAGGACCUGGAGCUGCUGCUGUGA